UCAAAGACCAAACAACAACUGGCAAGUGGCGGCAAGCCAGGACGAGAGGCGCAGAGAGAGAGAGAGAGAGACCGAACCCGCACCGGCCGAUCGGAGGCGGCCAGUCACAGCCACGCGAAGAGAAGAGAAGAGCGGGGAGAUGGCGAACCUGUUCCUGAAGCAGGCCAAGCAGUACGCGGCGACGCGGCCGGCCUACCCGCCGGAGCUCUUCGACUUCAUUGCCUCCAAGACGGCCCGCCGCGACCUCGCCUGGGACGUCGGCAGCGGCAGCGGCCAGGCCAUCCCGCCGCUGGCGAAGCUGUACAAGGAAGUGGUGGCCACGGACACGAGCGCGCAGCAGCUGUCGUACGCGCCGCGCCUCCCCAACGUCCGCUACGUCCACACGCCACCGGACCUGCCGCUCGCCGGCAUCCACUCCGCCGUCGCGCCGCCGGGCUCCGUCGACCUCGUCACCGUGGCACAGGCGUUCCACUGGCUCGACCUGCCGCGCUUCUACGAGCAGGUCCGCUCCGUCCUGCGCGCCGCGGCGGCGCCCCCGGGGCUACGGCGAGCCGGGGCGGGGGUGCUCGCCGCCUGGUGCUACACCGAGCCCUGCGUCGACGGCGGCGGCGCCGUGGACGACGCCUUCUGGCGCCUCUACUCCGGGUCGCAGCCGUACUGGGCGCCCAACCGGCGGCUGGUCGACGACAGGUACGCCGGCGUGGACUUCCUCUUCGACCCCGUCGACGGGGAGACGCACACGGGGCCGUUCGAGUUCUCGACGGAGCGGCGCAUGGACCUGGACGACUACCUCACCUACAUCACGUCGUGGUCGGCGUACCAGACGGCCAAGGAGAAAGGCGUGGAGCUGCUCGACGAGGCGACGGUGCGCGGGUUCGCCGAGGCGUGGGGCGGCGACAGGGCGGUGGUGAAGACGGUGAGGUACCCCGUCUUCCUCAGGAUCGGCAAGGUGAGGCCGGAGUAGGAGAUGCACCGGCAAACGGAGAGAUUGAGACGUACGACGACUUGCGCGCUUUGUCUAGCACGUAUAUAAAUUUAAGACUAAAUACAUGCCCGCUCUUUAAACUUUAAACUUGUGGCGCGGUACCACUUAG